AGGGAAGAACAGUUAAUGGAAGACAAGAAAAGGAAGAAAGAGGAUAAAAAGAAAAAAGAAGCCGCUCAGAAGGUCACGGAACAAAAAACCAAAGUGCCCGAAGUGACGAAACCAAGUUUAAGCCAACCAACGGCCGCCAGCCCAAUUGGCAGCUCUCCAUCGCCACCAGUCAAUGGUGGCAACAAUGCCAAAAGGGUGGCAGUGCCGAACGGACAACCGCCAAGCGCCGCCCGCUACAUGCCUCGGGAGGUGCCGCCGCGAUUCCGUUGCCAGCAGGACCACAAAGUGUUACUAAAACGUGGGCAGCCCCCUCCACCGUCCUGCAUGCUCCUUGGGGGUGGAGCAGGGCCUCCUCCCUGCACAGCACCUGGAGCAAACCCAAACAACGCACAAGUGACAGGAACGCUGCUGCAGAACGAGAGUGGGACUGCACCAGAUUCAACCCUUGGAGGUGCUGCUGCUUCAAAUUAUGCAAAUUCCACUUGGGGUCCGGGAGCCUCCUCCAACAACGGCGCCUCCCCCAACCCAAUUCACAUCUGGGACAAGGUGAUUGUAGACGGGUCUGACAUGGAAGAGUGGCCUUGUAUUGCCAGCAAAGACACUGAAUCUUCUUCCGAAAACACCACCGAUAACAACAGUGCCUCGAACCCUGGCUCUGAGAAGAGUGCUCUGCCAGGAAGCACCACUAGUAACAAAGGCAAAGGGAGCCAGUGCCAGGCUACAAGUUCCGGGAACGAAUGUAAUCUUGGGGUCUGGAAGUCUGACCCCAAGGCUAAAUCUGCUCAAUCUUCCAACUCUACUUCAGACAGCAACAAUGGACUAGGAAACUGGAGGAAUGUGAGUGGUCAAGAUAGAAUUGGACCUGGCUCUGGCUUCAGCAACUUUAACCCAAAUAGCAACCCAUCUGCCUGGCCAGCAUUGGUCCAAGAAGGAACUUCUAGGAAAGGGGCGUUGGAAGCAGAAAAUAGUAAUUCCAGUGCACAAGUGAGCACAGUAAGUCAGGCAUCCAGGGAACAGCAGUCAAAGAUGGAAAAUGCGGGUGUUAAUUUUGUUGUCUCUGGCAGAGAACAGGCUCAAAUUCAUAACACUGAUGGACCAAAAAAUGGAAACACUAACUCCUUGAACUUAAGUUCACCAAACCCCAUGGAAAAUAAGGGAAUGCCCUUUGGGAUGGGCUUGGGGAACACCUCCAGGAGCACUGAUGCCCCUUCACAAAGCACUGGAGAUCGAAAGACUGGGAGUGUUGGGUCUUGGGGUGCAGCUAGGGGGCCUUCUGGAACUGACACAGUCUCUGGACAAAGCAAUUCUGGAAAUAAUGGGAACAAUGGAAAAGACAGAGAGGACUCCUGGAAAGGAGCUUCUGUUCCAAAAUCAACUGGGUCAAAAAAUGACUCUUGGGACAACAAUAACAGGUCUACGGGUGGGUCCUGGAACUUUGGCCCUCAGGACUCUAAUGACAACAAAUGGGGUGAAGGGAACAAAAUGACAUCUGGGGUCUCUCAGGGAGAAUGGAAACAGCCGACUGGGUCUGAUGAGUUGAAAAUUGGAGAAUGGAGUGGUCCAAACCAACCAAAUUCUAGCACUGGAGCAUGGGACAAUCAAAAGGGCCACCCCCUCCCUGAAAACCAAGGCAAUGCCCAGGCUCCCUGUUGGGGAAGGUCUUCCAGCUCCGCAGGAAGUGAAGUUGGAGGUCAAAGCACUGGAAGCAACCACAAAGCAGGAAGUAGCGACAGUCAUAAUUCUGGCCGUCGGUCAUACAGGCCCACACAUCCUGAUUGCCAGGCUGUCUUGCAGACUCUUUUGAGCCGAAAUGAUUUGGACCCUAGGGUGCUCUCAAACACUGGCUGGGGCCAGACUCAAAUUAAGCAGGACACAGUGUGGGAUAUUGAAGAGGUGCCAAGGCCUGAGGGGAAAUCUGACAAAGGAACUGAGGGGUGGGAGAGCGCUGCCACACAGACCAAGAACUCAGGGGGCUGGGGAGAUGCACCCAGCCAAAGCAAUCAAAUGAAGUCUGGAUGGGGGGAGCUCUCAGCCUCGACCGAGUGGAAGGACCCCAAGAGCACAGGAGGCUGGAAUGACUAUAAGAACAACAACUCUUCUAACUGGGGAGGAGGACGAGCAGAUGAAAAGACACCUUCCUCUUGGAAUGAGAGUUCCUGCAAGGAUCAGGGGUGGGGAGGUGGGCGUCAGCCCAACCAAGGAUGGACUUCUGGGAAGAAUGGUUGGGGCGAGGAGGUUGAUCAAGUGAAAAAUAACAAUUGGGAAAGUUCUACAAGUAAACCUGUGCCUGGAUGGGGUGAAGGAGGGCAGAAUGAAAUUGGAACUUGGGGUAAUGGCGGGAAUGCAAACCUAGCUUCAAAAGGUGGUUGGGAAGAUUGCAAAAGAUCCCCUGCAUGGAAUGAAACAGGCAGACAGCCCAAUUCCUGGAAUAAACAACACCAACAGCAGCAGCAGCAGCCGCCACCACCACAACCAGAGACUUCCAGUUCAUGGGGAGGCCCACCCCCACCACCUCCAGGAAGUGUUCGACCUUCUAAUUCCAACUGGAGCAGUGGGCCCCAGCCUGCAACCCCUAAGGAUGAUGAACCCAGUGGUUGGGAGGAGCCAUCUCCACAGUCAAUUAGUCGAAAAAUGGACAUCGAUGAUGGCACUUCAGCUUGGGGAGACCCUAACAGCUAUAACUACAAGAAUGUGAACCUAUGGGAUAAGAAUUCCCAAGGGGGCCCACCGCCUCGAGAACCAAACUUGCCUACCCCGAUGACCGGAAAAUCAGCAUCAGUCUGGAGCAAAAGCACACCACCAGCUCCAGAUAACGGGACUUCAGCCUGGGGUGAGCCAAAUGAAAGCAGUCCUGGGUGGGGAGAGAUGGAUGAUGCAGGAGCAUCGACCACAGGCUGGGGAAGCACACCUGCCAGCGCUCCCAGUGCCAUGAAACCCAAUUCCAAAUCUAUGCAAGACGGCUGGGGUGAGAGUGACGGUCCGGUCACAGGAACUCGCCAUCCUAGCUGGGAAGAGGAGGAUGAUGGAGGAGUCUGGAACACCGCCGGCUCUCAGGGAAGCACUUCCUCCCACAACUCAGCAAGCUGGGGACAAGGGGGAAAGAAACAAAUGAAGUGCUCGCUAAAAGGAGGAAACAAUGAUUCCUGGAUGAAUCCUCUUGCCAAACAGUUUUCAAAUAUGGGAUUGCUGAGUCAAACAGAAGAUAACCCAAGCAGCAAAAUGGAUUUGUCUGUAGAUAAGAAAUUUGAUGUGGACAAACGAACAAUGAAUCUCGGGGAUUUCAAUGAUAUCAUUAGGAAAGAUCGACCUGGCUUCCGUCCACCUAAUUCCAAAGACUUGGGAACUGCAGACAGUGGGCCUUACUUUGAGAAGCUGACUUUGCCUUUCUCCAAUCAAGAUGGGUGCCUUGGGGAUGAGGCUCCCUGCUCUCCCUUCUCCCCUUCUCCCAGCUACAAGCUGUCUCCCUCUGGUUCCACACUACCCAACGUCAGCCUUGGAGCAAUCGGCACAGGGCUCAACCCCCAAAACUUCGCUGCUAGACAAGGCGGCAGUCACGGUUUGUUUGGAAACAGCACAGCACAAUCGAGAGGCCUGCACACUCCAGUGCAGCCACUGAGUUCUUCUCCUGGUCUCCGGGCGCAAGUGCCUCCCCAGUUUAUCUCCCCCCAGGUUUCUGCCUCAAUGCUCAAGCAGUUCCCCAACAGUGGCCUGAAUCCAGGUCUCUUUAAUGUGGGGCCCCAGUUAUCGCCUCAACAAAUUGCCAUGCUGAGCCAGCUUCCACAGAUUCCCCAGUUUCAGUUGGCAUGUCAGCUUCUCCUGCAACAACAGCAGCAACAGCAGCAGUUGCUACAGAAUCAGAGAAAGAUUUCUCAAGCAGUGCGCCAGCAGCAAGAACAACAGCUGGCAAGAAUGGUGAGUGCUCUCCAGCAGCAGCAGCAGCAACAGCAGCAGCAGCAGCGGCAGCCUAGCAUGAAGCAUUCGCCAUCUCAUCCCGUUGGGCCUAAGCCACAUUUGGACAACAUGGUACCCAACGCGCUGAAUGUGGGGCUCCCAGACCUUCAGACCAAAGGGCCAAUCCCUGGAUAUGGUUCUGGCUUCAGCUCUGGCGGCAUGGACUAUGGCAUGGUUGGUGGCAAGGAGGCUGGGACUGAGUCUCGCUUCAAACAGUGGACCUCCAUGAUGGAAGGGCUGCCUUCUGUGGCCACACAAGAAGCCACCAUGCACAAAAACGGCGCUAUAGUGGCCCCUGGUAAGACCCGAGGAGGGUCACCAUACAACCAGUUUGAUAUAAUCCCAGGUGACACGCUGGGUGGCCAUACGGGUCCUGCUGGUGAUAGCUGGUUACCUGCCAAAUCUCCACCGACUAAUAAAAUCGGAAGUAAAUCCAGCAAUGCCAGUUGGCCUCCAGAAUUCCAACCAGGAGUGCCAUGGAAAGGUAUCCAAAAUAUUGACCCUGAAUCUGACCCCUAUGUGACUCCAGGAAGUGUGCUGGGGGGUACAGCUACAUCUCCCAUUGUAGAUACUGACCACCAACUGCUGCGGGAUACCACCACAGGGUCUAAUUCUUCCCUCAACACCUCGCUGCCUUCACCUGGUGCCUGGCCCUACAGUGCCUCUGACAACUCCUUUACCAACGUUCAUAGCACUUCAGGUACUUGGUGGCUUUUCCCCUCUUGUCUGGCUUUUCCCCUCUUGUCUGGAAAAGAGGUUCCUCUUUUCCCCUCUACCUGGAGUGAUGGUGGUUCUGUCCGUCCUAGUUACUGGCUGGUUCUUCACAAUCUUACUCCACAGAUUGAUGGGUCAACCUUGAGAACGAUCUGCAUGCAGCAUGGUCCACUGCUGACAUUCCAUCUGAAUCUAACCCAGGGCACUGCCCUGAUCCGGUACAGCACCAAACAAGAGGCAGCCAAGGCCCAGACUGCACUGCAUAUGUGUGUGUUGGGAAACACUACCAUCUUGGCCGAGUUUGCCACUGAAGAUGAAGUUAGCCGCUUCCUGGCUCAAGCUCAGCCGCCUACACCUGCAGCAACCCCAAGCGCACCUGCCACAGGAUGGCAGUCACUGGAGACCAGCCAGAACCAGGCAGACCCCGUUGGACCUGCGCUGAACCUUUUCGGUGGGUCCACCGGGCUCGGGCAGUGGAGCAGCAGCACUGGUGGCAGCAGUGGGGCCGAUCUUGCUGGCACUUCCUUGUGGGGUCCCACAAACUAUUCUUCUAGCUUGUGGGGAGUUACGACGGUGGAAGAUCCCCAUAGGAUGGGCAGCCCUGCUCCUUUACUACCUGGUGACCUUCUAGGAGGAGGGUCAGAUUCAAUCUGAACUUAGAACUUUCAACUCUGACCUCGUGACCUUUUUUUGGAACAGCAGCAGCACUAACUUGACCUUUUCGUUUUUUUUUUCAACUUGCAAUAAAUACAUUUUUAAAAGGAAAAAAGAAAACGGAGAGAGAAGAAAGGUGGGUCAUUGACAGACUGUCUGAGCACAUAGUUGCCUCCCUUAAAACUUCAGUUUUUUUCGUUUGGAAUAUGAAUCCAAAAAGAGAACAUAUCACUCUUGAAAUACUUGAAUCAUGAACGCCAACCUAGAAAGACAAUGUGAAGCAAGUACACAUACCAUUUAAAUUUAAACACAAAAAAAUUAAAAAAAAUUAGUUUCUAGUUUUUCACUUUUUUCAUGUUAUAUGGAAGUUGUUGCUAAGAAACAUAUAUACUGAAAAAAAAUAGCUUUUUAACUUUGUUUGCACUGGGUGUGUUUCCGUCCUUAGGUCUACCAUGUUUGGGUGGGAGGGAAAUUCAAAAGAA